AUGGGUUUAGACGAAGAAAAAGCGCUUCUUGGAAGCACAGUCGUCUUAGAAAAGGUAAUAAAAGUUUCCAAAUAUUCUCCUUUUAUUAAAAAUGAUAAAUAUCUCACAAAACGCGAUAUACAGCGCAUGUUUAAACGUGGUUACCCGACUACGACAGUCGCUUGAAGAGAAGUGAUCAAAGAUUGGUCAUGGACAGAUAGCUACAACUUGCUUGACUUACCUCACGUAGUCAGAAAAUGGUAUGAGGCAAUGCUGUAAACUCAUGAUGAACUUAUGCUCUUAAUAGGUAAAAUCGAGACGCUUUCGUGAAAUUGCGAAUCCGUUAACUCGUCUCGCUUGAAAAAUUUAUCUUUGAGAACAAUAUUUCUCACAAUCAGAUGUUGCCAACAAAGCGGGAAUGCUAAAAGUAUCGAUGGUCUUUAUUACGAUCUUACAUAAUUAUACAGAAACAGGGGUGUAUCUUUCCAUCAAUAAUUCGAUGGUUGAAUGUAAUUUGCCUUCAGACUGGGGUAUGUUCAGAUUAUUGAUUACAACAUAACUAGGAUUACAGUGCAUACAAGAGAUGAUUAUAUUUUGUCGUAUCUGUUGUACAUAACAUCAUUUAAGAUAUUUAUUGCUCAAACACGAUUUGCAUUAGUAUUCUAUUCUAGUGAAAUGUGACUUAAGACACUUAGUGAGGUUUCAGCCUUUCAUCUUUAGUCCUUAGUUCAAAUAGUAUUAGGGAAAAUCACACACAACAGUUGUAAAUCAUGACAUGGGUAGUUGUUUUGUAGGCAUCUUAGACCAAUCUGAUGAUAGUGAGAGUUCUCUACAAUAAACCCUUCAAAUGAUACAUUUAAUUUCUGUUGUUGACAAACUUUAUGACAGGUGAAUGAUAAUAAGAAGUAUUCAGACUUCAGUUCAAAAAAAAUAUAUUACCUUUACCAAUUAAAACUAGCAAAUUUUGAUUGGGUUUUCAGCCAAAAGCUAACACUAAACCUGACCAUCUGUUAUUACUUUUCAUAAACUAGGGCUGUAAGAUUUGAUUGAAAAACAACUCUGCACUUGACUCUGACAGUGGUAUCUAAAUCAGGGUCCAGGGCCCAGUUGUUUGAAGGCCGUUUAAUGCUAAUCCAAUGUUAAAUUUUAACCUGGGUUUCUUUAUUCCUUUAUUCAAAAGCCUUUUUGGGAUAAUUUCCUGUCUUAUUUUUAGAGCAUCAAAUAAUCAUAUUCCAGACAAAAAGAAUUCAACUGAAUUUUCUUUUAAAGCUAUCAGAUCUGAAAUCAGAUUUCACACUAUUCACUAUUCUUUUUAGAACAUCCAAUGAUCAAAUUGCAAGCAAAAAGAUUUGAACUGAAUUUCCUCUUGAAGCUUUCAGACCUGAAAUCAAAUUUCACACUAACCCUGGGUUACCUUAACCCAGCUUUGAACAACCCAGGCCUGGUUGUUAAAACAUCUCUGACUGGCACUUGCUGCAGUCCUUUUCAAGACCAAUCUCAUCAGUGUAACUAUGGCAUUAUAACUUAUUUGUUAUUGUUUUUUUUCAUGAAGGUUGAGGAUUCUGACCCAGAAGAUGAAGGCGAAGAGGCUGAAGAGCCUGCCGGUGAUGGUGGAGAUGAUGAUGAUGAAGAAGAUGAGGAGGAACUAGAGGAUCCCAGGGAAAAAAUUCAGGAGGGGUGUAAUGAGAGUCCAAAAUGUGCCAAAGCUAAACUAGAACUGGAUACUUGUAAUCAGCGUGUUGGCAGUAAAUCAAGUACAGAGGAAACCUGUGUACAAGAACUCUUUGAUUUUAUGGAGUGUGCAGAUCACUGUGUAAGUGGGAUGGAAAAUUGGAUAUUUCUGAAAGUCUUGUUGAGGUUGCUUUCAAGUCCAGUAGCUCAUUUUGUGUAAUUUUAUUGUCUCACCUACAGAUUGCAAGCUCUAAUAUGAAAUGUACUUGUAUUUGUUCUGGUUCAAAUUUUCUUAUUCAAAGAUUUUCAUACCACCUCCAUUUCAACUCUUCUUUGUCCCAGAUUUAUUAUGGAAAUCUGUGAUAAAUACAAAAUAAAUUCAACUAGUUUUAAAACUUCGGACUAAAACAGAUAAUUUGAACCAGAACAUAUCCAGUUAGACAGUAGUGCUCGGUGAUGAAGAAAUUUUAUUCAUUUCUCUCAAUUUCAACUUUUUUUUUGCUUCCAUGCAAAUGUUUGUGCCUAAAUUUUAAGAAUAAGUAUGAUUUGGUUAAGAGGGAUUUCUCGAUUCAACUUUCCACAACUACCAGAUUUUAUUCCUUUUGAGUUGCAUUAAGAAGUCUGGAAUGAGAGAGAAAGCAAAGUUAAAGAUCUAUGAGUUUAAUCCUUGUGGGUGUCUUAUGUCACUUCUCUUGCUCCAGCUUUCUUAAGACAAUUAGGAGGGAACAUACAUAUAAUCUGGUAACACAGGAAUGUUUAAGUCAGAAGUUGUAUGAUGAAAAUUUACCUUUUUUCUUUGAAGAUCUCUAUAUAAAUGAAACAGGCACCAAAUGAGAACAAGACAUGCAUUUUUUAAUUUAAAGGCAAUUUAAUGUGUUUUUUCAAAGCAGAAACUUGUAAGUAGUUGAAAUGCUGAUCUGCCUUUCCUUCAUUCCUCUUAAAAGUGUCAGUGAAUCUAUUCUUCUGGUAUCCAUGAAUUGUUACCUCGAAUAGGUGUAUUGAAUCUUCUAGCAGUGAAGUUCAAGCAAAUAAGCUAUUGUACUAGAUCAAACUCAGACUAAACUUUGACCAUCAGAUGUAGUUACAAGCUAAAUAACAUUCACUUCAUCGGCUAUAUUGUUCCGUACUACAUUUACAUUUCCUUGUUUCUCACUUUGUUUCAAUGUUGCAUAUUUACAUAAUUUAUAAUGAUUUUAAUAUUAUUUUUUACAGGUGGCACAUCAUUUGUUCCAUAAAUUGAAGUGA